AUGGAUCCCACUCAGGAGGACUUCACUUUGGUGAAGGACCGCGGGUUCCUGGCAGAUGACCUGCUCCAGGGUGCAGUUGGAGAUUGUUGGUUUCUCUCCGCCCUGGCGGUGGUGGCACAACGCCCUGAUCUCAUCUUGCGGCUCUUCAAGGGCCAGACCGAAACACGUCAAGACGGAUGCUACGUGGUGCAGCUAUUUCUGGACGGCCGAUGGGAAGAAGUAGUGGUCGAUGACCAGUUGCCUUGCGUGGACAUGAUGCGGAGCGAUGGGACUCAGCUGGCAUUCUCCCGGGCCAAGGAUGGACAGCUUUGGGUGCCCAUUCUGGAGAAGGCUUAUGCCAAGGCCCAUGGCUCCUACCGCGCCAUCAGCGGUGGAUCUGUGGCUGAGGCCCUGCUCGACCUCACGGGUGCUGCCACUGAGACCCUACACUUGGAGGACUUCCAGCCAGCAGACCUCUGGGAGCGGUUGGUGAGCUACCAAUCUGCUCAGCUGCCCAUGGGCUGUGGUACUGCUGGACAUCCCGACCUCGAAGAGGUGGGCUUGGUGGGGUAUCACGCCUACAGCAUCUUGGAGCUCCGAGAAGUGGAUGCCCAGGAGGUUCCUCCUGCCUUGCGCACGGGUGAUCCCACGAUUCAGCUUUUGCGGCUGCGGAAUCCCCACGGCAUGGGCGAGUGGAACCGCGACUGGUCCGACAUGUCCAGUCAGUGGACUGACUCGUUAGAGAAGAUCUUGGGUCGAAGUGCUGUGAAUGAUGGCACCUUCUGGAUCGAUUUCAUGCACUUCCUGAUGGCCUUCGAAGUGGUGGACGUGUGCUUUGCCUUCCCAUCUUGGCAUAGCUCCAGCGUGCAGAAUUUCUUCUGCGCCAAGUCAGAGGAGUGCAGGCUAUGUCGAGACGCCUAUAUCUUGGAGGUCACGACACGCACUGAGCUCUACAUCUCCUCAUUGCAGCCCACGAAGAGGGGCACCUGGCUGCGCGGCGAACGGAAACGUUUCUACCAACCAGGUGACGUGAGUUUGCUGCUACUGCGACUGGCAGAUGUGCGCAAGCUGAACAUGGAAAGAUUGGUGGCAUCCCAUCUCAAGGGAAAUCAAGUUCGCAGCACUUUGCAGGUCACCUUGGACGCGGGCAGCUUUUUGUUGCUGCCCUACUGCCUGGGCUCUGGGCCUGUGGCCAUAUCUGGAGGUCCAGAGGCAGCUCCGUGGACGCUCCGCCUUCAGAGCUCUCAGCCGCUGCGCUGCACGGCGAAAGCGGUGACCUUCACGGCGCAGCUGGCGCUGGCGUCGGCAAGGGCCUGGCGCUACCUGGCGCGACAGGCCCUUCCAGCUUCACUGCUAGAAGAUCGACUGCAAGAUGAGGUGCGCUUCUCCAUGACCCGACCAGCUGGUCCGGAGGGUGCCCUCCUGCUGUGGCUGGCCACCGGAAAGAGUCGAAGCAAGGCACUGAAGCUUCAAAUCGUGGCCAAGGCUAUGGUGGUGAGGGACAGCACUGGGCUCUGCACUUCGAAACAGCUGCCGCAAGACAUGGAAAGCCUUUUGCCUUGCGAGUUCUGUGG